AUUGCAGGACUAUGUAUAGUGAAGCCUUCCUGCAUCUUGGCUUUAGUCUGCAUGUUCUAGAAGGGCAAUGAGAGAUGUGGAAGGUCUGAGAGGCUUUAACGGAGGCACAAAGUGGUGACCAACUGCCCCACUGAGCACUUGUGACAUUCAGAUCUUCAUGUCCAGGAUUUCUGGAGUCUCCUGAUUAAAGAAAAGCUGUGAAUUGAAAAAGGCUGGAAAAUAUGGACUUUUCACCCCACCGUGGCAUGCAUGAAGGAAGGUCUCCUUCCCUUCAAGAUACCACCAUGAGCUCCAGCCACACCCAGAAGAACCGAGGGGACUCCACUCCGCUGCCUCCAAUCAACGAGCGCCUGGCUUUCCUGCGGCCGUCCAGAGAGCUGUUAGAGUAUUACCGCAAGAAGAUCGCUGAGUUUGAUGAGGAACACGAGGAUCUGGUAAAGCAACUGGAGCAAUACAAAGCUACCUUUGAGGAGCAGAUUAUUUAAGUAGUCUAGCCACGGGUUCCAGAUCCUGCGGUAGGUGGUUUUGGUGUUUUCCAUUUUUGUGGAAUCAGCGAUUUUGCUGCCUGCAGCAGGUGUAAGGUGAGUGUGUCUAUUAGUGUUUUAUCUUUAUCUGGAAUGAUGUAUAACAUAAUGGUUUGUGCAUUUUCUACUUUGAUGGAGCGCUGAGUUACUAAGUUUAUUGCAUCCAGGCCCCUCUUAUAGGCAC